AUGGUUAUACGGCCACCGAAGAAGUUCCUCAGUGGGGACGUAUUGACAUCGACGGCAUCAAUACUGGUAGCAGUCACGAGUGGGGGCACACUCACACCAGAGGUGACCGGAGACGACUCCAUCGGUGGGGAAGUUGACCGCGUGGUCAUGAAGGCCUCACCAGCGUUCACCAACAGUGACGAAUCUGGUUCACCUAGGACAACAGGCAAAGCGAAAAAUGGGUCUGCUUAA